UGGAGUAAAGUAAAGCCAAUUCUGUCAAGCCUAAGAAAAUAAACAAUUCUAUCAAAGUUAGGAAAAUAAAGUUGAAAGUUUAAUGAACACACUUUGCUCAUAAUUAUUAAGUACUAAUUUUGCACGAAAUCAAAUACCGGCGAAUUAAAAAUUGCAUUUUAGAGCACACAACUGAAGACAUGGACCUGAUAAAGGAAAUGCUUCAGACUUUGGCAGAGCACGCGGUCAGCUACCGCGCUGGCCAGACUACGUUACGGUAUAUCGAUAGAGCAUUGUGGGUGGUCGAGAAAUGUGCGAGAUGGGCCGUGCCUCCACCUUUGGAUCAAGACGAGCGUCCGCAACCAGAACUGAUCCGCCCCCUGCCCUGGGUGUUCUUUCUGAUGAUGCUAAUUGCUCUGCGGAUCACUCGAGAGACGAUUUCACUCGCUAACUUGAUUAUGGGAAAACCUCCUUUGAGGUCUGCUGAUGUGGUCAUGUACAUACAAAGCAAACGUAGAUAUUUACGGACCCUCAAGUACCAGGGGAACCGCAUGAUGCGAGCCCGCACCAGCACCGCCAGCCAGCCCCGCGACACCUGGUACAGCGGGAUCAGAUCGAUGUUUGAAUUCACCAUGUGCUUCCGCAGACAUUCGCUCAGCUACAACAAUAACCCCGGUAACGCUAGCAGCAACGAUGAAGUACUGGUAGUAAAGCGCAGUAAACAUGCUCGUGAGGACUCUAAUCCGGCGGCUGCCACUAGUGUUGAGAGCACGAUGGAACGUCUCAUUGAAAAGAUGAUGGUCGACCUCAACGCUGAGUCAGAUGAAGAUUCUGGUUACACGUUGACCAACGCGACCAGUCCGAGUGCAGAAUCGGAUCGCGACACGAUUUGUGGCAACGAAACCACGCAGAACAAAUCAGACGGAGAUGGACAGAACAGUGAAGAAAUCAAGUUCACGCCGAGCGAGAACAAAAGCUCAACUCCGGAAAAAGCGAAUGAAGCUCAAGACGUUAAAGCUGCAGACGAUAACAAACAAAUGAGUGCCGAAAAAACUAACAACACCUCGCAAACGAACACAAAAAGCACUCAACAAACAGUCGUAAAAGAUAAAAACAAUGAAAAGACAAAUGUUACAGCAGAAUCUAAAUUGAAUUCAAAAAAUAAUUCGGACGUGCCUAAAACAGUUACGCCGAAAGGCAAAGAGCAAACAAAACCAGACGACGACAAACCAAAACAAGCUGAAAAAAAGCCAGAAAAAGAUCUAAAAGAAAAUGAAAAAUUUAAUACCGAAAGCGAUAAACCAGAAAACUCUGUUAAUGAUAGUCCUCGGUCUAUAGAUAACGAACAAUCUAAACAAGAGCCAACAAAAACGGUUACAAAAGAAAAGGAACCAACCAAAAUACCAACAAAGAACCAAACGAAAAUAGACGAUCAAACAAAUUCAUCGACAAAAAACAACGAACAAACAACGAUGCCAACAAAGUCUAUUUCGUCACAGGAACAAACAAAAACGUCGAAGAAAGGCAAAGGUAUAUAUAAAAAUACAUCCACGGACUCGUUUGGAAUACAGGAAGAGGACAAAGUUAAAUCGCCUGAAGAAGAAGCGUUAAGCGCGUUUGUGUACCCGGAGACUUCGACGUCGAUCCAAGAGUCAUUGAACUUUUUACAGUACGAGAAAGGCCAGAACAGAACCUACAGAAUCACCAAAACUGAGAAAAUAGUGAACGGUCGAACAGCUAAGAGUGCUGCCAGCAAGAAGAAAGGUGGGCAGAAUGAGAGGAGAGAUUCAGACGUGCACGCAUCGAGAGUAACCCCAGAAAGCACUUCUUUGUAAAAUGAAUACGACGUUCCCGAUACAACAAUAAAAAUUAAGUUCAUAAGUAAAUAAGAUAUGUUUGAAAAACUUGAACGAACAUUUCAUAAGCGUAUUAUAUAAACGGUUCGAAUAUCAUUAAAGGAAUUGAUUUGUAUUAAUGCUUCGGUCACAAAUGUUUUUAUACUGCGGUUCCCAAAAACCCAUAACUCGAAAUAACAUGUUCACUGUUUACGUAAUAAAUACUCUUCCUUAAAAGCGUUUAUUUACAAGAACAUUCGAAAUGUUACAGGUAACCCUGUUAUAUAACACGUUAUUUUACAACACGGUUUUCAUUCGCGAAGCAGCUACUCUUGAGCUGUUAGGUCUCCUUCGGAGGCGCUCGGGUAGCUGUUAGCA